AUUAUAUUAUUUUGUAUCAUAGGAAGCAAUAAUACUUGCAAUUGACAUUGGAAAAAAUUCUAAACAGCGAGAUUCAAAUGGAAUAACGUAUUUUGAAAAAUCUAUUUAUUGUGCCUCUAUGAUUUUAAAGAGAAAAAUAUUAAAUAAAAGUGAAGAUUAUUUUACAUUAAUAUUGUUUGGGUCAUCUCAUACAAUUAAUCAUCUCUCAUCAGAAGGAAGUUGUUAUGACAGUAUAGAAACUGUUGCUGGUUUUGGUAAAGCAACUUGGGAUUUAUUUAAUCGUGUUAAUAGUUUAUCUCCAACAAAUAUAACACAUUCGGAUUGGAUCAGUACUUUUGUUCUUGCUGCAGAUUUCCUUAGAAAUGAAACUGAGUAUGUAUAUUACACUAUUAUAAAACAAUGUACAACUAUAAAUUAUAUUUUGAUUUGAUUUAAAAUGUUUAUUACUGAAAUGUAAACGGUUAAUAUU